AAUGCAUAAGUCUCACUUACUUUAGCAUCUCUCCAGAAUAAUACCUCCCACUGAGUCCAAAAGCUCGCCGUUUUCUUCAUGGACAAGGACAACCGAGACGACUUCACUUUUGCAAAGCUAUCUGAUCUCAAGCUCCCUGUCACUUUCCGCAUUUCUCAGUUAGAAGGAUCAAUACCACAACCCUCUGUUUCAGAGCUACUCGAGAACCCAGAACUGAGGUUUCACGGUGCACAAUCUUCGGCUUUUUCAGACCUCUAUGUCUCCUGCCAGCUCCUGGCGGAUAACAAGCCGCUGACCAUACCCUUCCGCACUUCCUUCAAAGCUUUCAAGAACAACUAUGUGUGGAACGAAUGGAUAACGUUGCCCGUUCGGUACUGCGACCUCCCGUUGAGUUCACAGAUAACAUUUACUGUAUGGGAUAUCGGGGCUCCACGCACAGCGGUGCCCGUCGGUGGCACAACGUUUAGGAUGUUUGGAAAGAAAUGGACUUUGCGCCGGGGAAAACACCGUUUGUUGCUUUGGGCAGGUCAAGAAGCAGACGGCUCCAUGCAGACUAAAACUCCCAGUAAACUUGGCAACAGGGAUGAAAUGGGUCGUUUAGAGAAGCUCGUGAAGAAAUACGAACGUGGCGACUUGCCAAAGUCAGAUUGGUUAGACAAUAUGGCUUUCAGAAAAAUGGAGGAGAUACACGCUGUGGAGACAGAGAAGUCAGAAAACAUGUAUCUUUAUGUCGACCUUCCACGAUUCGACUUUCCCGUGAUAUUCAGCGAAGCUGAGGCCCAGAAUCAGGCAACGAUACCAUUUGCACCUCCAGUAGCAGCCCAAGCACCUCUUACACCUGUACUUCCCAGUUAUUUUGCUACAGAUCCACACCUCUGGGCCAUCCUUGACCCCGAGAUUGCACGCGAAAACCCCGUGGAGGACAAGCAUCGUCGACUCGUGCGGAGUCACCGAAGUAGUCCAUACGACAGAGAGCUCAAACCAAAUGCCAAGAUCAGAGAUGAGCUUAAUGAAAUACUUAAUUAUGCGCCCUCUCAGCCUCUCAACUCCGAGGAGAAAGACCUCAUCUGGAAGUUUCGUUUUUACCUCGCACGAGAUAAGCGCGGGCUUACCAAAUUCCUCAAGUCUGUCACUUGGCGCGAUCCUUCGGAAGUCAAACAAGCAGUGGAGGAGCUACUGCCAAUGUGGACAGAGGUCGACACGGAUGAUGCUUUGGAGCUCCUCGGACCUGGAACUGUGGACUCGAGAGUAAGAGCGUUUGCAGUACGGCAGCUUAACCGCGCAGAUGACGAAGAACUUCUGUUAUAUCUCUUGCAACUCGUACAGGCGCUCAAAUUUGAAAGUGCCGCUAGCGAGCAGCGCUCGAGUCGAUCAACAACAAGUGCAAUAUCUCAUGACGAUAGCGGGCUGACAGACUUUUUGAUCGCACGUGGAGUACAAAACCAUACACUAGGUAACCGGCUGUAUUGGUAUCUGAUAGUAGAAGUGGAAUUGGAGGAUAGGGUCGUGGCGAAAAUGUACGGGCGGGUGGUGUUCAAGUUUCUGAGCAAGAUUUUAGAGUCCGAGAAUGGCAGUGAACGCCGCGAGCUCAUGCGACGUCAAGGUGUCCUCGUCGAGACCCUCGCCAAACGAGCCAAGGAGCUGCGCACUUCUAAAGACCCACGACCUAAAAAAAUCGAGAAACUUCGCUCUUUCAUCAACGACUCCAAGAACGGGCUCGUCAACAUCCCUCCUCUACCUCUGCCGCUCAACGCACGCAUAGAGAUUACGGGCAUCAUUGCUGAAAAGUCUUCGGUCUUCAAGUCGAAUCUUUACCCCUUCCUGUUAUAUUUUCAGUGUUCUGAUGGCACGGAGUACCCUGUGAUUUUCAAAGAUGGCGAUGACAUGCGCCAGGACCAGCUUGUCCUCCAAUUGUUCACGCUCAUGGAUCAGUUGCUCAGGAAGGAGAAUUUGGAUUUGAAGCUCAUCCCCUACGAUGUGCUGGCGACUGGGCUGUUGCAGGGUAUGGUGCAAUUUAUCCCCAGCAAGACUAUCGCAGCAAUCAUCAGUGAGAAUGGGACGCUCUUGAACUAUUUGAGAGCGAACAAUCCGGAUGAGGGCAGCGUUGGAACGUAUGGAGUCGAGCCGAGUGUUAUUGAUACAUUUGUGCGCAGCUGUGCUGGAUACUGCGUUGUGACAUACCUGCUAGGCGUGGGUGAUCGGCAUUUGGACAACCUUUUACUGACACCGGAUGGUCACUUUUUCCAUGUCGAUUUUGGGUAUAUUCUUGGUCGGGACCCAAAGCCGUUUCCUCCUCCUGUCAAAGUCUGCAAAGAGAUGGUCGAUGGCAUGGGCGGAGCCCAAUCAACCCACUACGCGCGAUUCAAAAACUACUGCUUCACCGCAUUUACGAUCCUCCGGAAAAGCGCCAACCUCAUUCUCAACUUGGUAGCGCUCAUGGUAGACGCGAACAUUCCAGACAUCAAGCACCGCGACGUUCAUGAGCAGAUCCAGGAGAAGUUUCGGUUGGACUUGACGGAGGAGGAGGCGAUCAAGCAUUUCGAGGCGUUGUUGAAUGAGACUUCGUAUUUCACGGUUGUGCUAGAUCGGAUUCAUGAUUUGGCCCAGUAUUGGAGGAGUUGAGCGGGCCAGUGGUGUGUGUGCUAUUUUUGCUGGGAUUGUGCUUGUGCUUUCGGCCGCUUUGAUGAUGAGCACUUGUCGCAGCUUUUACCGUACGUGGUCCUAUGGGUAUUGGAUUUCGGAAGUGUUGCUAUACUUGUCAGCUAUUUAUGUAGUUUCUAACAUCGAUUCGUGCAAGGAUUAAUCACUACCAGGCACAGACUCAGGAGAAAACGG